AUGGCAGAUCCUGCUUCAAGUGUCAUCGAACUGUACGACUCCAUGUCAGCCGCUCCAAGCGACCCAGGCGUUGCCCCAAAGACCAUCCUGAAGUCGAACUCUGCCGUCAGUGAAGUUGAUUUCGGAGCCCUGGAGCACCUAGCCAGUGCUAUCAAGGUCUCCCACGACCCCGACAUCAAGAAUGCCUUGCAGCUUGAGUAUGCGAAGCUGGAGAGUCUCCGAGUUCGUGAGGCGGCUGAUCAGGACACAGCCGCCGAAGCGGUCCGCAAGGCCGACGCGGCCUGGCGCGACGCCGACACCACGCACUCCCAGGAGCAGGCGGCAGCGCUGCGCCUCGCCAACGCCGCGGCGGUGAAGCAGGCAGCCGCUCGCCGGCUGGCGCAGGCCGAGGGUGUUGUCCAGGACGGCACCUCCUCCAGGCUGUUUCACCUCUCCUGGGACGAGAGCCUCUUCGCCGACGCCGCAGCUGCUGAGGAGCUCGACGCGGCCGAGAAGCAGCACAUGGCCUCGCUUGAGACACAACUCAAGGAGGCCAAGGCCAACUUGUGCAACCGUGAGGAGGAGAUUCGUUGCUGGCUUGACCGAGCCGCGGAGCUCCGCAAGGCGAUCGAGGAUCGCAAGCUGAAGAAGCGCAAG